AUGGCCUCUCAUGACGUGUUGCUAAUCCUUACCGCCACCGACCGCGAUGAGCAAUGGGAACAAAACCUAUUAGAAAGACUUCCCGGAAAACUCCAAGUCAAAUGGGAGAAUCUUCGCACCUCUGACGGCUCGAUGAAAAAUGUGAAGGACUUGGAUCGCGGGAUUUUCGAAGACGUCACCAUCCUAUUCACAUACGCGCCCGUCCCGGUAGAGUGGAUCCCCAAGGUCCGAUUUGUCCAGCUGAGCAGUGCUGGCUCGGACCUGUGGGCUCAACAUCCCAAGUUUUUGGAUAGUGGCGUGAAGUUCGCGACAACAAGCGGCUCUACUGCCCCGCAGAUCGCGGAAUGGGUCAUCGCCGCUUGGCUCAAGUUCCAACAUUACUUUGCCGCGUACGAACAGUUCCAACGCGAAUGCAGCUGGCGACCCGAAUUCACACGGCAGAUCGAGGACUCGGUGGGUCUUCGUGUUGGUAUUCUAGGAUAUGGUGCCAUUGGGCGUCAAGUCGGUCGGCUCUGCCGGGCAUUGGGCAUGGAACUGUACGCAUUUACAGCCAACGAGCGACCAAGCGUAGAGUCCCGCCGUCAUCGCGGCUUCAAUAUUCCGGAUCUGGGAGAUGCAAACGGCGAGCUCCCAUCGAAGUGGUUCCACGGAAAGACCAAAGAGGCGUUGAACGAUUUUCUCUCUCAAGGCUACGAUUUACUCAUCAUAUCUCUGCCUCUAACCAAGCUCAGUGAGAAGCUCAUUAGUGUGGAGCAGUUUAAUUUACUUAGCAAGAGGAAGACCUUUGUGGUCAACGUUGCGCGUGGCCCCAUUGUCGACCAGGACGCGCUGAUCCAGGCUCUCGAGACGGGCUUGAUCCGAGGCGCGGCGCUGGAUGUCACGGACCCCGAGCCACUGCCUGCUGAGCAUCCAUUAUGGAAGGCCAAAAACUGCAUGAUCACGCCUCAUGUCAGUUGGUUGUCGACACACCAGCUUGGGCGGAUAAAAGGGAUCCUGGCGGACAACUUGGAAAGGUUGUAUAAGGGAGAGAAGCUAAUGAAUGAGCUGACAUAUGAGACAAGAACACACCACGAGUGA